AACCCAAGGAACCCUAAUUUCUUUACCCACGCCAGUCACCCACUGCCCUCUGCGGCUCUGCCCAGCACUGCUGCUGCAUGCCGCCCGCACCCCAGGGCAACAGGCAAGAGUUCACCUUCGAUCUUCGUCAGUUCCUCUUCCGGCAGCCCAGGCAACCCAGCACCGCAGCACCAGCACGCCGUCGCCGCACGCUGUCGCCGCAGAUCUUCUCGCCGCGUUUACAACCCGCCGGACCCGCCCGUGAACCCGUUUUGUCACCCCUAAGCCGUCCUCCACACGGCUGCUUCUAAACCCUCGCGCCCUCACCAAAAACCCUAGCCUCCCCGCCGCUGUUUCCUCAUAUCAGCUACAAUGACAGGCGAAGCAGUGAGUCCAAAAGCGUACCCGCUGGCCGAUGCCCAGAUGACGAUAACCAUCCUGGAUCUUGUUCAGCAAGCUGCCAAUUACAAGCAGCUCAAAAAGGGUGCUAAUGUGAUGGCUGCUGACACUGAACCUCUUGAAGUACUUCUCCAUCUUUCCUUACUUGCUGAAGAUAAGAAUGUGCCGUACGUAUUUGUCCCUUCUAAGCAAGCUCUUGGCGGAGGAUGUGGAGUCACAAGACCUGUCAUUGCUUGUUCUGUGACAAGCAAUGAAGGAAGCCAAUAAAAGUCCCAAAUACUACAACUCAAGGACGCCAUUGAGAAGCUCUUGAUCUAAAACCUUCACGGAUUAUCUUUUUGGAGCAAUGAGGCUAUUGAUUUGUAAUAUUUGCUUUUUAGAGGCAUUGGCCGAUGAUGCUGUUGUGCCAAUGGGUUAGGGAGUUUGUUAUUGUUGAUCCAUAUUUAAGAGUUAUCUCUAUUUGCUGUGAUGAUGUGAAGAAGACUGCUGUUAAAUUUGCUUUUC